UUUCGAGUUCAAUGGCAGCUGAAACCCUCUAUACACCUCCUGCAUCCGUUGACGUACGCGUCAGCACCCUCCCUUAAUUCUCCUGCCUGCAGCACCUGUCACACGUCAUCAUUUGUGUCCCUCCGACUCUGACUUCUCUUCGCCUCUGCCCACUCCCGCAGUGCAUGCGAGUGUCGCCAAAGCGCAAACUCCCCCGAUCACCCGGGCUCUCCGUCGGCUCUCGUUCCUUUUCUGGCCCGUUACCAUGUCUGCCCUCCAUACGGCACCAGCUGGUUUCUUCGAGCUGCAGAGGCCCGGUUCUUGGAGGCCAACACGUCCCUCAACGAGGCCCAACCAUGCGGGUGCAGACGGCGUGGUUGCGGAUAGCGAUGCGUCGGCAGCACAACCCCAAGACCCAGUCGGUCGUGAGGAGGAACUCGGGGACGAGGAUAUCGAUGAUUCGGUAAAGGAGGACAUGCAAAAACUCGAGGACACAUUCCCGGGGAUCUCAGACCGGUUUCGACUGGUCAAUAGGAUUGGCGAAGGGACAUUUUCCACCGUGUAUAAGGCGGAAGAUUUGCUAUAUGACCAUUACAGGAACGACUGGGACAUGUUCCAAGACAGCCACAAUGACUCCUGGGCGAGUCCGCCGUCAAAACGGCGGCGGUUGGAAAAUGAGAGUGGCCGACCAUUACCCCCCAAACGAAGGAAGCCCCGAUACGUGGCGCUGAAAAAAAUUUACGUGACAAGCAGUCCUCUUCGCAUUCAAAAUGAACUUGAACUACUACAUGAUUUACGUGGAUGCCGAUCCGUAUGUCCCUUAAUCACUGCCUUCCGGUACCAAGAUCAGGUCGUGGCUGUCUUGCCCUUCUUCCCUCAUACGGACUUUCGGAUUCAAUAUCGCACUUUUAUGGUUGCAGAUAUGCGACAUUACUUCAGGUCAUUGUUCACCGCACUACAUUCGGUUCACAAGCAUAAUAUUCUCCACCGAGACAUAAAACCGACAAACUUUCUCUAUAAUCCAGAACUCCGGGAAGGCGUUCUAGUUGACUUUGGUCUGGCGGAACGCGAGGGAGCUGAGUAUACUGGCACUUGUCUGUGCGCUAACCCGGGCUAUGUGCGCCGCAGUCGCUUACUGCAAAGUUAUUAUUACACCCAUUGUUCGAUGACUACGCCGUCCGCAGGACAUCCAAAAAAUGACUCUAGGCCGUCAAAACGGGCCAAUCGAGCGGGAACCCGAGGCUUUCGUGCACCAGAGGUUCUCUUCAAGUGCACGUCUCAAACAACCAAGAUCGACAUGUGGUCCGCCGGGGUUAUUCUUCUAACCUUACUUGGGCGUCGGUUCCCAUUCUUCAAUUCGGCCGAUGACGUUGACGCAAUGAUAGAAAUGGCAAGUAUUUUUGGCACGCGUCGCAUGAAAACUGCAGCUGUCAUGCAUGGUCAAAUCUUUGAAACAAAUAUCCCGACCAUCGGGGAGAAAGGAUACAGUUGGGAGAAGCUCGUAAAGUGGGCCAGCUGUGUGGAAGAGUUGACAGAGAGCGAGAAACAGGCUACGCGUCUUCUGGCUGGUCUCAUGGAACUGGAUCCUUAUAAACGUAUGAGCGCUAAAGAGGCCCUGCAACACGAGUUCUUCACUGAGCCCAUAGACCACGAUGUGGAGUGGGGGGGAAAUCCUGAAGACAGCGCAGACACUGGGGAGGAUGGGGAAGGGGACAGAGAAGAGGAGGAAGCAGACGAGGUGGCCAUGGUUUAGAAAACAAAUCUCAGUUUAUG